AUGGCGACCAACAUCGAGGCAGUUGUGCCCAUCCCACCAGCUACUGUCCCCUCCGUCGUCGAUGAGAAACGCGAGGAUGGUGCUGUUGCAGCUCACUCCGCGCCCCCAGAUUACCCCAAUGAGGAGUACGACGAAGAUGUCCAGGGCGAGUGGCCUACCGAAGAGGAGUUUCAUACCCUCCGGAGAGUCUCAGACAAGGUCCCAUGGGGAGUCUACACCAUCGCAUUUGUAGAGCUCUGCGAGCGAUUCUCGUACUAUGGCACCACGGUUGUCUUCACCAAUUUCAUCCAGCAGCCUCUCCCCGCGGGGUCGAGAACCGGGGCUGGAUUCACAGACGGCCAGAGUGGUGCCCUUAACAAGGGGCAGCAAGCUUCGACUGGACUAACCACCUUCAAUCAAUUCUGGGUUUACCUCCUCCCCCUUUUCGGCGCAUACAUGGCAGAUGCCCAUUGGGGCCGCUACAAGACCAUUUGCAUUGCAUGCGCGGUUGCUAUCGUCGGACACAUCAUUCUCGUCAUCUCUGCCAUCCCGCCUGUUAUCACCAAGCCCAACAGCUCUAUCGGUGCGUUCAUCAUUGGUCUUAUCAUCAUGGGAGUUGGAACUGGCGCCUUCAAGCCCAACAUCUCACCACUUAUCGUGGAGCAGCUCCCUUUGACCCGGAUGAUUGUUCGAGAACUCCCCUCUGGUGAGCGCGUCAUCGUUGAUCCUGCGGUUACUCAGAACCGUGUCUACAACUACUUCUACCUGUUUAUCAACAUUGGCGCCCUCGUUGGACAAAUCUCCAUGGUCUACUGCGAGAAAUAUGUCGGCUUCUGGCUUGCAUUCCUCCUUCCGACAAUGUUGCUCUGCCUCUGCCCUCUAGUUCUGUGGUAUGGAAAGGGCAGAUAUGUCAGUCAACCCCCGACCGGGUCCGUUUUCAGCAAGGCUAUGCGCGUCUUCUUACGUGCCAACAAGGGGCGUUGGAGUCUCAAUCCCAUCGCAACAUACAAGCGCCUUAACGACGGAACCUUUUGGGAAAGCGUCAAGCCAUCGAACGUCGAGCCUUCCAUGCGCCCUCGCUGGAUGACCUUCGAUGACCAGUGGGUGGAUGAACUUAGAAGAGGAUUCGCUGCCUGCUCAGUCUUCUGCUGGUAUCCCAUUUACUGGCUCACAUACAACCAACUCAACAACAAUCUGACAUCGCAGGCGGCUGUGAUGAAGCUGAACGGCCUGCCGAACGAUAUUCUUUCCAACUUGGACCCUUUUGCCCUGAUCAUUCUGAUUCCGAUCUGUGAUAUAUUGGUCUAUCCUGCUCUUAGAAAGGCCAAGAUCCGGUUCACCCCGAUCAAGAGGAUUACCGCGGGCUUCCUAUGUGGCUCCGCAGCCAUGGUCUGGGCCGCCGUGAUCCAAGCCUACAUCUACAAGAAGUCGGUCUGUGGAUCCUCAGCAUCUCUCCUCCUCCCCGCAUCCCUUGGAGGUGAUGGAAAGACCCCCUGCCCAACCGUCGACAUCAAUGUGUGGGCUCAGACAGGCGCCUACGUGCUAAUCGCCAUCUCUGAAAUCUUCGCCUCUAUCACCUCUCUCGAAUACGCAUUUUCGAAGGCACCAGUUAAUAUGCGCUCCCUUGUUAUGUCAGUUGCUCUCUUCACCAAUGCCAUCUCGGCUGCGAUCGGCGAGGCAUUCGUGACUGUGAGUGCUGAUCCAUUGUUGGUGUGGAACUACGGCUCCAUGGCUGUUAUUGCAUUCAUCGGAGGUGUCCUAUUCUAUUUCAACUUCCGCAACCUGGAUAUGGAGGAAGACGAGCUGAAUAUGUUACCUGCUGGGCACGUCGUUACUUCCAAGGACGUCGAAGAUAUUCCCAUGACUCCAACUGCCGAACACAAAACCCCGGUGACGGAGAUUAAGGAGUAA